AGUUCAACAGAAUGGAUAGAGGAAAAACGAGUGUAGGCGGGUUUGAAAAUGAAAGCUUCUAUCCGGAAUUCACGUCCGUCGAAUUAUCUGAUGAACCGCACAACGAAGUUGCGGUCGAUGUCGGAGACGAGCAGAAUUUGACGCCGCAGAAGCGGAAAAAUGUGGACUCGAAAGCCAUCACUUUUGCGUGGAAAAACGUUAACGUCUUCAGCAAACCGAAGAAAAGAGCAUUCGGUUUUCUUUCUCGUGGAAAACAGCCCGAAGUUAAGCAAAUCCUGAAAAAUGUGAACGGCCUAGUUAGGCCCGGUGAACUUCUGGCCCUGAUGGGUGCGAGUGGAUCCGGCAAGACGACGCUGUUGAACUCGCUGACCUUCAGGAACACUCGGAAGAUCACUGUCGAAGGCGACAUCUAUGCCAACGGGAGGCGAGUGGGUCCUGAUCACCUUACUGCCAUCUCUGCUUACGUACAACAGCAAGAUCUUUUUAUAGGGACUCUGACUGUGCGAGAGGUCCUCGCUUUUCAGGCCACUCUGAAGAUGGACAAUCACAUAAGGAAAGAAGACCGCAUGGAACGGGUAGAAGAAGUUUUGAAAGAGUUGGGGCUUUCGAAGUGCGCCGAUGUUUUGGUUGGUGUACCAGGAAGGACUAAAGGUAUUUCGGGUGGUGAAAUGAAACGACUCGCAUUUGGCUGCGAGGUUGAACUAUCCUUGUCCUCCAUUGAAGUUGGGCCGCCUAAUGAAGUCAUCGCUCUGAUUUUAGGACUGAUUUAUCUGCAGCAAGACAUGGAUCAAAAAGGUGUUCAAAAUGUCAACGGUGUCAUCUUCCUGUUGCUGACGAACAUGUCUUUCUCGAAUAUGUUUGCUGUCGUUAACCACCCCAAGAUUCUGGCCGAGCUUCCGCUAUUUGUCGUGCUUCCGAUUGUUUUUUCGUCAAUAGAAUACUGGAUGAUAGGACUGAACCCGGAUUUCGGCCGCUUUUUAAUCCACGUCCUCGUCGUCGUGUUGGUGGCCAACAUCGCUUGCUCCUUUGGGUAUAUGAUUUCGACACUUGCGUCGAGUGUCGGCGCCGCUUUGUCUAUAGCUCCUCCGAUCCUGAUUCCUUUGAUGCUUUUUGGGGGCUUCUUCUUAAAUACCACGUGA